AUACCAUGUAAAUACAGAGUAGGAAAUUUAACCUCAAAAGUCUCUACUCCAAACAAAGUUAUAGAUAUUCGGAUGAAGGGAAACUGUAUUAACUAAACUAAAUAUUACAUAUAAUUGCAUUAGUAAUUUCCACUAUGCUUAAUUCUUUAACGCGUUUAAUAUAUCCACGUACCUCAAUUAUACGAGUAUCAGCAAGGGUUUUCAGUCAAAAUGCUUCAUUUCAUAGAGAGAAGUUUGUUGACCAGCAAAUAGAGUAUAUAAAAACAUCAUUAGCAAAUAAAGCACAAGACUGGACCAUUGUCAAAAAUGAUGUACUAUCCAAAGAGGGCAAUGCAACUCAGAAGAACAUUGAUGCUAUCAUGUUAAAGUUUAUGGUAAGCCUUAAGCAAUAUGUUGCAGCUUUAUCAUUUGCUGACCAUUUGAGAAGUACUAAUGAAGAACUUUCUUUAGGCACCAUGAAGGGCUUAUUGAACCUGUACUAUGAAAUUGGGAAAACUGAAAAAUUAUCAAAAGAACAGGCUAAGUUUAUUUUAGAUGCGCAUAAGAGUUUACUUGAAAAGUACAAAGUUCUCGACUACAGUUCCUCUGAAACAUUACUACAUGCACUCUGUGUGAUAAAUGAAUGGGAGAAAGCAUUGAAACUGUUGGCUGACAUCCACCUGACUACUACUCCUACGCACUCCGCAUACAGUACUUUAAUUGCCACUUUAUUUGGACUGAACAAAAAGAAGAAGGCUCUAGAACUUGUUGAAGAAAGCCUCAAACACAAGAGACCUCUCUUAGAUAUUGCUUAUGAAGCUUGGAUGGACUACAUUCUAAGGAAAUAUAAAGAUAAAAAAGUAAUAGCUAAACACUUGGAGGAAUUAUUUUCUCACGUAGCUACAAAUUGUACUGUCAUACCUAUGAAUACUGCUAACAAAUUAAAAGAAUUGUAUAGCUCUAUGCAGUGGAAUGCAAAGUUUACCAAAAUAAGGAAAUUAGAUGGCCAAUGUCAAUGCUGUAAAGACACACUAGACUGCCUACCAUUAUCAGAGGAAGAAUUCAACUUGCUACAGAAAAAUGUGAAAGAAAAGCUUAUUGUAGGUUCAGAUCUAUUUUUAAAAACAUCACCUGAAGAACUAAAGAGGUUCUUAGACUUUGUAGACAAAACUGCUCCUUAUGACAUUGUUUUAGAUGGGCUUAACAUUGCCUAUGCCGUGGGUGCGGGCACUCAAACAGAUAAGGCUAAGUUCCUAAUAGAUGUUGUUGAUCAUUUUGUGAGGCAGAAGAAAAAGAUACUGCUCUUAGGGAGGCAACAUAUGCUGAGGUGGAAUAAAAGAGUAAUGCAGGAUAUCAAGCAUAAGACAAGCUUUUUCUUAACUGAUAAUAUAUCUCAAGAUGACCCAUACUUCAUAACAGCAGCAAUAAUAAGUGGGCCACAGACUGACAUAGUGUCCAAGGAUCUACUACGAGGGCACAAGUUCCUGUUACAGGAUGACAGUUUAAGGCUUUUGUUCAAGAGAUGGCAGUGGCAACACCAGUGGAUGGUGUUUAUCAAAAGUUUCAAAGGAGUUUCGAUACAGGAGCCAUUAAAAUUCACCCCCUGCGCGCAGAAGAAAAAUGGUACCUGGCAUCUACCAUUUGAAAGGGAGGCUUCGACUACAGGUCAAUUCAAUGAUGGCACUCCAGAUCUCUACAGUUGGAUUUGUUUAAGGCAUAAAUAAAAAAGUAAUAAUAUA